GGUUCGACCAACAAGUCAGUCAGUUAGUUGAAAGGGUUCAAGUAAGAAGUAAAAAUUAAAAAUGGAUUUUGUCAAAAACUUAAAGAAUUUAAGUGUGGAUGAAAGAAGGAAUUUUUUGGAUUCUUUUGAUGAAGUUUUUUGUGAUUGCGAUGGCGUGAUUUGGUACACCACUGAUGUUAUAAAGGGCGCAGCUCACGCAGUUCAAAAACUGCGCGACGCAGGAAAAAAAGUGCGCUUUAUUUCGAACAAUUGCAUCUACACGUACGAAUUAUUCCACGAAAGACUGGAGAAAUGCAAAUUUGGAAGCGAAAAAGACAGUUUCGUUUUCCCAACUAUGGCUAUGAUAGACUACUUGAAAAGUGUGAAUUUCAACAAAGAAAUUUUUAUGUUGGCCAGUCUAUCGAUGAGAUCAGAGAUUAAGAGGGCUGGAUUCAAAUUGGCUGCCAAUGGGCCUGAUAAAAUCACAGCCACUGUAUCAGGUCUAAAAGCAGAGCUAAAGGACAAUUCUAAUGUAGGUGCUGUUAUAGUUGAUAUAGACGUAAAUGUUAACUAUAUAAAUAUAAUGUUAGCUGCAUUAUAUUUAAAAAGAAACGAUGUUUUACUUUUAAUGGGAGCAGAAGAUAAAAUAUUGCCAUUUUCGGAGGAAACUCGAGUCAUAGGUCCAUAUUACUUCCAAAAAAUGAUCGCCGAUAUAACAAAUGUGGAACCCCUAUACUUUGCCAAACCAGGCCAUCUUAUGUCAGAUUUCAUAAACAAAAAAUACCAAAUUAAUAACCCGAAACGAGUUCUUUUUAUUGGCGACCAACUCGAGCAAGACAUAAAAUUCGCCGAGGCGAACGGUUUUCAAAAAUUACUCGUCUUGACAGGCACCACGAGAAAAGAAAAAUUGGAGAAAAACGACUUUGCUGACGAGCAAAAACCGGACUAUUAUUUAGACAGCAUAGCAUCGUUGGUGGACAUCAUAGACAGUGUUAAGAAAUAA